GUCAGGCCGGCGCCAAAAUGGCGGCGUUGACAGACCGAGAGUGGCCGCGUUGGAGGCCGCGGGAGCCGGAGCGGAGCAGCCGCGCCUGAGGCCCCGGAGCCGCCGCCCAAGGCAGGCGCCGUCCCAGGCGCUCUCGCCGCCCUGGGCCGCCGGGACCGAGGCUCCGGCCUCGGGGAAGGCCCGUGCCCGGCCCACGGGCCGCGGGACAUGGUGCGCGCCCCGCCGCCCUGCCGCCGCCGCCGCUGAGCUCACCGGCCGCGCCCGGGCUCGGACUUCCCAGCGGGAAAAUGUUUUCCGCCCUGAAGAAGCUGGUGGGGUCGGAGCAGGCUCCGGUCCGCGACAAGAACAUCCCCGCCGGGCUGCAGUCCAUGAACCAGGCGCUGCAGCGGCGCUUCGCCAAGGGGGUGCAGUACAACAUGAAGAUUGUGAUCCGGGGGGACAGGAACACGGGGAAAAGUGCCCUGUGGCACCGGCUGCAGGGGAAGAAGUUCGUGGAGGAGUACAUCCCCACCCAGGAGAUCCAAGUCACCAGCAUCCACUGGAACUACAAGACCACUGAUGAUAUUGUCAAAGUCGAAGUCUGGGACGUGGUUGACAAAGGAAAAUGCAAAAAGCGUGGCGACGGCUUAAAAAUGGAGAAUGACCCUCAGGAGGCAGAGUCUGAGAUGGCUCUGGACGCCGAGUUCCUGGAUGUGUACAAGAACUGCAACGGGGUGGUCAUGAUGUUUGACAUCACCAAACAGUGGACCUUCAAUUACAUCCUCCGGGAGCUCCCCAAGGUGCCAACCCACGUCCCCGUGUGCGUGCUGGGCAACUACCGCGACAUGGGGGAGCACCGGGUCAUCCUGCCCGAGGACGUGCGUGACUGCAUCGAGCGCCUGGACAGACCUCCAGGCUCCUCCUAUUUUCGCUAUGCUGAGUCUUCCAUGAAGAACAGCUUUGGCCUAAAGUAUCUUCAUAAAUUCUUCAAUAUUCCAUUUUUGCAGCUUCAGAGGGAAACGCUGCUGCGGCAACUGGAGACCAAUCAGCUCGACAUUGACGCCACCCUGGAGGAGCUGUCGGUGCAGCAGGAGACUGAGGACCAAAACUAUGAGCUCUUCCUUGAGGUGAUGGAGGCCCGCAGCCGCAGUCACACAUCCCCCCUGGCAGCCAACGGGCAGAGCCCGGCCUCAGGCUCCCAGUCGCCCAUCGUGCCCCCCAGUGCCACGUCCACCGGGAGCUCCAGCCCCAGCACGCCCCAGCCGGCCCCGCAGCAGCUGCUCACCACCCCCUCCGCCUGCCCCACGCCCCCAGCCGAGGUCCCACUGCCUGCGCCCCCUGCCCCGCGGCGCAGCAUCAUCUCCCGCCUCUUCGGGACGGCAUCUGCUGCCGAGGUAGCCCCUUCACUUCCAGAGCCCACUCUAGGUGCGGAGGCCCCAGCAAAAGUCCAGAGCGUCGAGGACUUCGUUCCUGAAGGCGGCAUGGACCACAGCUUCCUUGAGGACACAGCCCCCCUGGAGGCCGCACAGAGAGCUGGCACCAAGGCCCUGCAGCACGACAGCGACAGCGAUGGGGAGGCCGUGGGGGGAAACCCCAUGGUGGCAGGUCUCCAGGAUGAUGUGGACUCAGCAGAUGAGCCACGCGGCAGGUCCUUGCUGCCUGCAGGCCCCGUGCCCAGUAGGAACAUCACACUCUCGAGCGAGGAAGAAGUCGAGGAGGGGGCAGGUCACCCCAAACUCAGCAACCCGGCCUCCCAGCCAUGCUCAGAGGCAGAGACUAAACGGUCUUCCAGAAAGACGAAGCCACCGGGUGAAGUGGCUCCUACAAAAGCCUCGGAGCCCCAGCAGCCCGGAAGCUUCUCUGCCGGCUCAGGGUUGGAGAGAUGCAGCGGCCCCCAGCCACCCUUCAAGGCACCUACGGCAACACCUCACACCAGGGGCCCCUCCCUCAGGCACGCAGAGAGCAAGGAGGGGCAGGUGUCGUCAGACAGCGACCACGAGGGGCCCAUCGCUGCCCAGAUGUUGUCCUUUGUCAUGGACGACCCCGACUUCGAGAGCGAGGAGUCAGACACUCCACGGAGGGCGGUGGAGUUUCCAGUCCGGGAGGACCCCUCAGAUAUAAGUGACGAGGACCCCACCCCUGCCCGCCUGCCCCCGCCCCUCCAGCCUUCAGUCCAUUCCUUCAAACUGAAAAAUGACACUGACCUCUUCGGGCUGGGCCCUGAGAACCCGGGACACAAGGACAGCAGCAACGAAGAUAAGGAAGGCAAACCUCCCUCUAAAGAAAAGAAGAAAAAGAAAAAGAAGAAGGAGGGCAAAGAGGUGGACGAGAAGGCAGCCAAGAGGAAGAGCAAGCACCGGACAGGCAAGGGCGAGAAGACGCAGAGGAAGCAGCAGCCCCGGAGCCAGGAGGACGCCGUGGACGAGCUGGAGGCCUUCCUGGGCAGUGCAGCCCCAGGCAGCGGGCACCGAGGGGGCGGGGACUAUGAGGCACUCUAGGGGGCAGGGGGCUUGGGCCUGCCCCUCUGCUCUGGGGGUCUCUGGGGGUGGCAGUGGGACCCAGGAUGGGGCUCUGCCCCCCACCAGCUUCUUCCUGGAGAGGCCUGGGGCCAGGCCUCCCUGGGCCCGUGGCAGAGAGCAGGGCAGCAGCCCGGAGAGCUGGUGGCUGUGGCAGGGGUGCCGUCUCCUGCUGAUGCCGACCCUGCCCCCUGCUUGCCCUGCUCACAGCACAGCCUGGCUGCCCUCCCAGGGCUGCUGCAACCGGCCCUCAGCGUUUCUCAGGGAUGUGACAGAGGCCCUCAGUGGGACCUGCAGGGGUCUGGGGGCAGGAGCACCGGCCUCUCAGGUGUUCUCAGUCACCCUGGGCUGCCACACUGCCCUCCCCCCAGCAGCACAGCAUGAUGGACCCCGCUACCUGCCUGCACGGCCAGGCCCCCCUUCCCGUGGACCCCAAGGCCAAGUGCAUCCUGCCCUCAGGGCCAGAGCUGACCCUCCACGCAGGGUGAGGCAACAGGGAUAUUAGUUGGCAGAGUCUCCCUGGCCUGGCCUAGGGGCUGCAGCUGCACCUGGGCUCAGGUGAGCCGGAGCUGGCAGGCUCUGCAGAUGGCCGUUUCCUUUCAAUUUCCGUUGAACACUCCACUCAGACCAUAAAGCUCUCCUCUUUUA